AUGGAACGUCCUGCACAUAAACGUCCUUUAUUAGAAGAGUCACCUUUACCUUUAUCUGACUCUAAUAAUAUAUCUGAUCACCAAGCUAAACGAAUUAGACUGACUUUACCACCAAUUUCUUCUUCCUUUCCGCCAACAAACGUCCCAACUUCUUACUCGUCAUACAAACUACCCUUUCCUUCAUCAAUACAUGAAAAUAACAACUUUACAAUCUUAGCUCCGUUAUCUACUACGAAUUCAACAAAUUUGCCCAUUAGCUCACCUAUGCAAAUUUUUGAUUUACCUUCGAUUGAUUCCUUGUGCUCAUUACCUCCCUUAAAUAAUUUCAUUCAACAGACUGCGCCUUCAGUUAAUCCGAUGUCAGUAUCGGCUAUUCUAUCAAAUGAUGAAGAUACAUUCGUUAGGAUUGAUACAAAUAGUAAUGAGAUUGUCUCGGGAAAUAAUAAUAUUGGAAGUCGACAUCAUACUCCGCUUGAUUAUCAUACCCCGCUGAAUACAAGUCCUGUUAUCAAAGCAUCGUCCUCUCCUUCAUUGCCCACACCUCUCAAGUUAGUUCAACCUAUUAUAGAAGGUAUGAGUGAAAUUGAAAAUAUGCAUAGGAUGCGACGGAUGGAGAGAGAAAAUAAUAUUGUUGAGAAAUUAUCUAAUGAAAAUGGAGAAUGUGACGGAAUCGAAGGCGAAAUUGAAGGAGAAAAUGAUGGCGGAUAUGAGAAUGAAGAGGAAGAAAGUUAUGAGAUGGAUGAGCCACAAGUAGUUGUUGAAAACGACGAGGCUUUGAAUAUGGAAGGUCGAGAGGAGCGUCAUUUAGGUCAUUUGAUCUAUAAUUCUAAAGAAAUUUUACCGCCUCUUGAGUUCCAUGAAAAUGGACUACUGGAAAUAUGGAUCGAGUCGAAAUACUUGACUUGGUUUAAUGAGAAAGUCAGAACGCACGCUUUAUGGGGUACAGAUGUAUAUACUGACGAUUCAGACGUUGUAGCAGUACUUAUUCAUACCGGCCAUUAUACGCCCCCACCGUCUUUGUCUGAAUGGACUCCUGAUUAUCCUGAUCAUGACUUAUGUGUUACGAUCCGUGUUUUGCCUAAAUUAGUCCAGUAUACUUCAACUAUACGUGAUGGAUAUAAAAGUCGCUCAUGGGGAAAUCAUCAUGGCGUUAGUUACAAGAUCGAAAGAGUUUGCAAAAUGAAGAGGCAAAGGAAGAAAGGAGCGUUUGCGAAAAUUCCACGAAAUGAAAAAAACGAGCAUUUGGCGAAGUUUUUGGUAGUUCAUAUGAUACGUCCGUUCUUGUCUUCAACAAUGAAGAAGAUCCUUGGUAAUGUCUCAUGUUAUAAAUAUAACCAACAUAUGAUGAUGGACGAAGAAGAACUUCGAAAACAGCUUGAAACAAACGUUUUGUAUCUUGAAAAUGAUGAAGAACGAACAAUUUUCAAAGACCAAGUGGCAACAAUCUUCCCUCUUGAGAAAUCAAAUUUGGAUGAAAUUUUCCGUGAUGAUUUGGAAUUACGAGAAAUGACAUGGAACGUUGUCGGAGUAAUUGUCGCUGAUAAGACGAACCCACAGCACAGCUUGCUUUGUAUAUCAAAGCGAGUAUAUUGGAGGCGCAAAACCGAAUGUAAUGAAGAACGAGUUGUAUAA